UUUGGCGUUACUAUAUAAGUACCGCAAAUCUUAGUAAUAUUGAAGAAACGCUUGCAGAUGAUUGAAAUGAAAGCAGUUUUGUGUCUAUUAGUUUGUUUGGUCUUGGUGGAGGCCAGACCAUCAAAGGAUAUACCCGAUAAUAACAGUGAUGAAGCGGUAUACAUGAGGAAAUGCUACGGCUUUACAUGCCCAAAGGGUACUAUGGCCUGCGCCAAAGAAAACGAAGGAACAGAUCACUCGAAGAAAGAAACAGUUCGUUGCAAGAGUAAAAAUGAUGUACUCCUCAAAUCGUUCAUUCUGGAGGAGAGCCCAUUAAAGGAUACACCCGAUAAUAACAGUGACGAAGCGAUAUACACGAGGAAAUGCUACGGUUUUACAUGCCCAGAGGAUACUGUGACCUGCGCUAAACUCGACGAAGUGACCGACACUUCAAGGAAAGAAACAGUUCGCUGCAUGAGUAAAAAUAAUGAACUCCUCAAAUUGUUCACCAAAAUCUGUAAAAUGUGUAAUUACGAAUAGAGAUGUCAAAGUUUGUAAUUAGUAAAAUAUGAAAAUAAAGCAAUAACAGCAUGUA